AUUUCGAUCAGUAACGGCUAUCGCCUGCUUCCUUUUGAGUUCUGACCUCAAAAAAUUCCGUGCUUCACUGAAUCCUUCGCUUGUUCCCUAUGAGAAUUCCGAAAGUAGCGGCAAAAAUUUCAAAAAUUUUUUGAUUUCAUAAGAAAGAGACCAUCAAAAUAAGAGCUGAUAGUGAUAGUUCAGUCUCUUUCACAUCAGCUCUCUCCUAGUAAGUCCUUUUGGUAUCCUUUUUCCUCUCUCACUUCUUCUGUCUCCUAAAUUGAGCACUUUCCCCGAAAGAAAAAACACCAGAGCCCUUCUUGUUUCGACCAGGAAAGAAAAGAAAAUAACGAAAUGGGUGACUGUUUAUCCGAUUUUUUCGAUGAACCUGAGUUGGCCGAUGAUGAUCUCUUUGCCAUUUUUGAGAGUUUAGAUACCUUCACCAACUUCCCUCCAGUUAAUGAAACUGUUGUCAGCUCUUAUCAAGAAGAAAAGGGUGCAAGGUUGGUGCAAGAAUCUGAAACUGAACCCAAGAGCAAGAGACAGAAGACUUCUAAUGCUGCAACCAAUGCCUCCGAUGAAGCCCUCCAGGAUGGACAGCAAAGGGUUUCUCACAUAACGGUGGAGCGCAACCGCAGAAAGCAAAUGAACGAGCACCUCUCUGUGCUGAGAUCUCUUAUGCCUUGCUUCUAUGUGAAAAGAGGAGAUCAAGCAUCGAUAAUUGGAGGUGUUGUUGAUUACAUCAACGAGUUGCAGCAGAUUUUGCAGUCACUUGAAGCCAAGAAGCAAAGAAAAGUUUACAGUGAGGUUUUAAGCCCUAGAAUUGCUUCAAGCCCCAGAGCUUUACCUCUUAGUCCUAGAAAACCGCCGCUCAGUCCGAGAUUGAACCUGCCGAUAAGUCCGAGAACCCCACAACCCGGCAGCCCUUACCGGCCGAGGUUGCAGCAAGGUCACCUCUCGCCGACGAAGCCUAGUAAUUCUGUUGAACCAUCUCCCUGUUCUUCAAGUACUUCCUCCAUUGACAGUAUUCAUGAGCUCAUAGCUAAUUCAAAGUCUGCCAUGGCUGACGUUGAGGUGAAGUUUUCCGGCCCAAACGUUCUUUUGAAGACGGUUUCCCCGAGAAUUCCUGGCCAGGCUGUGAAAAUAAUUGCCACUCUUGAAGACCUCUCUCUGGAGAUUCUCAAUGUGAACGUCAACACUGUUGAUGAAACCAUGCUCAACUCCUUCACAAUCAAGAUUGGGAUUGAAUGCCAACUGAGUGCGGAGGAGCUCGCUGAACAAAUCCAACAAACAUUCAGUUAAGUCUUCUAAUGAUAGUUUCAGUUGCAGGUUCGAACCCUAACCAGAAGUUUCGAAGAAGAUUUCCAUAAACAAAAGAAAUGUGGUAGACAUUUGCCGGCACCGAUUUAUUUAAAUUGUACGUGCGUAGAUGAUUAGAAGUGUCAUGUGAUGACUUGUUUUAGCUAGUGUAACCCUUGUAAUUGAGCAUUUUGAAGCUCUCUAAUUAAUUAGUAUGUAUGAGUCUUAUUUAUUAAUGAAAAUUUCAGUUUCCCAUUCUAAA